AUGCUUCGAAAUUGUUUAGAUGAUCAUUCAAUGAACUAUCUAAAAACAAACAAAAACAUUAAGACAUCAUCAUAUGAAAAUCCACCUCGUGCUACACAAUAUGAAACACCAAAACGAACGGAUAAUCUUCAAGCUGAUGUUAAUCAAGUUGUUGACAUUAUGAAAAAUAAUCUUGAAAAAGUACUUGAACGUGAUGCUAAUUUAACUGCUGUUGAAAGUCGAACUAAUGAUUUAGAACGUGGUGCUUCACAAUUUACAAUCAAUGCUAGAAAUAUAAAAAAAAAAUAUUGGUGGAAAAAUGUUAAAAUGUGGGCUAUUAUAAUCAUUAUUAUUAUCAUUUUAAUUAUUAUUAUUGUUGUUGCUGUUACACAAUCAGUAAAAAGCAAUAGUAAUAAUAAUGAUAAUCAAAAUACUACUAGUGGAAAAUAA